AUGUCGUCACAUGACUUCUACAAUUCCACUCCUGGAUCGAACCACCCUCCUACCCAAGGAUACAACCCUGCCGGAGCCCCGCCCAACCAGAGCUAUCCUCCACAGCAAUAUGGCGCUCAGCAACAAGGUGGACAACAAUAUGGUGCUCCGCAAUACGGUGGUCAACAACAUGACGGUCAGCAAUAUGGUGGACAGCAGCACGGCGGACAGCAAUACGGUGCUCCCCCUCAGCAGUACAGCGCUACGCAAUAUGGAGCUCCCCAACAGCAGUACGGCGCUCCUCAGCAGCAGUACGGCGCUCCUCCUCAGCAGUACGGUAGUGCUCCUCAGCAGCAUGGUUCUCCUCCUCAGCAGUAUGGAGCUCCUCCCCAACACGGUGCACCUCAACACAGCGCCAAUCAUCAGUACGCGCCCCAAACUCAGCCACCACCCCAACACGCCCCACAAACUCACGACACUACUGCACCUCCCGCCGGUGCUGGCGAAGGAGAACGUGGUCUCUUCGGUAGCAACAGUAAAGGCGGCAAAGAGUCCGGCGGCAUGAUGGGAAAGGGUCUCGGAUUCUUGGGCAAGUUCGCUGAAAAGCAGAUUAAGAAGAAAACGGGAAUGGGAGGGUCUUCUGGACAUGGUGAUAAGGCUCAUGGCGGUGGGGCACAUGGUGGAGGAGGAGGGCUUUCGGGGCUCUUGGGUGGACAUAAGAAAGCUAGCCAUGGAGGACAUGGUGGAGGGCAUGGUGGAGGGCAUGGUGGCGGGCAUGGUGGGGGUCAUGGUGGGGGGCAUGGUGGAGGUCAUGGAGGACACGGGGGACAUCAUGAAGAGCACCACGAGGAGUAUCAGGAGGAGGAGUAUGAGCAAGAGGAGUAUAGUGACUAA